UACUACCAAUGUUCUUGACCUGAUCUUACUGCUGAGACAGUGAAAAUUAUGGCUAUGAGAAGACGAAACAGUUUUUACAGAAGUUUUAAAGAUGCAUGUCCGGAAUUUGAAGAGAUGCUUAUGGACAGAGGGGCCACUGCAGCCGCACAAAACAAAUGGGUGUUUGAAAUCGCCUGGGAAGUAGCAAAUAAAGUUGGUGGUAUCUACACUGUCAUCAAGUCCAAGGCCCCGGUCAGUGUAGCUGAGCUAGGAGAACAGUACUGUUUGCUGGGUCCCUAUAACGAGGCAUGUGUCAGAACGGAGGUGGAGAUCCUGGAGCCCUCCCACUAUGUCUACAGACAGACGCUUCAGACCAUGAGGGACGCAGGUAUCAAGGUUUAUUUUGGUCGCUGGCUGAUAGACGGAUAUCCUAAAGUCAUUUUGUUUGACAUCGGAUCUGCUGCUUGGAAGCUGGAUGAAUUCAAACAUGAGCUGUGGGAGAAAGCCAGCAUAGGAAUCCCCUGGCACGACCGCGAGUCGAACGACGCCGUCAUAUUUGGGGCUCUAGUAGCCUGGUUUAUUGGUGAGUUUCGCAAGAAUCUGACUGAUCAGCCGAUUGUAGUGACUCACUUUCACGAGUGGUUGGCUGGGGCGGGGCUGAUUUACCUGCGGACCAGGAAGGUGGACUGUACCACCAUCUUCACGACACAUGCCACACUGCUGGGGAGAUACCUGUGUGCUGGCAGCUCAGACUUCUACAACAAUAUAGACAAGUAUAACUUAGACAAGGAGGCCGGUGACCGUCAGAUAUACCACCGUUACUGCAUGGAGAGGGCCGCGGUCCACUGUUCUCAGGUGUUUACCACUGUGUCCGAGAUCACCGGGGUGGAGGCAGAGCACCUGCUGAAACGGAAGCCAGAUGUGAUCGUCCCCAACGGAUUAAAUGUGGUCAAAUUCAGUGCCAUCCAUGAGUUCCAGAAUCUGCAUGCCAUCUACAAGGAGAAGAUCCACGACUUCGUCAGGGGACAUUUUUAUGGGCACUAUGACUUUGAUCUGGAUAAGACACUAUACUUUUUCACGGCUGGGAGAUAUGAGUUUUCCAACAAAGGAGCGGACAUGUUCAUAGAAUCACUGGCAAGACUAAACUUUUAUCUCAAGCAAGCUAACAGUGAGGCGACAGUGGUGGCUUUCCUGAUCUUCCCCACCAAGACCAACAACUUCAACGUGGAGUCCCUGCGGGGCCAGGCUAUCUCCAAACAGCUGAAGGAGACCGUGCACCACGUACAGACACAGAUUGGCAAGAGGAUCUUUGAACAGUGCCUCAGGGGCAAAAUUCCAACUGGAGAUGAAAUUCUUGAACAAGAAGAUAUAGUGAAACUUAAGAGGUGUAUCUACUCUGCUCAGAGAAACAGCUUACCUCCUAUAUGUACGCACAAUGUUAAUGAAGACGCCAACGACCAAAUCCUUAAUGCCCUUCGAAGAUGUCAACUUUUCAACAGAAAAGAGGACAGAGUGAAGGUUGUAUUUCACCCCGAGUUCCUGAACUCCACCAACCCUUUGUUUGGCCUUGACUAUGAGGACUUUGUCCGGGGCUGUCACCUUGGGGUGUUCGCUUCGUACUACGAGCCCUGGGGCUACACGCCAGCUGAGUGCACAGUGAUGGGGAUCCCAAGUAUUUCCACGAACCUCUCGGGCUUCGGCUGUUUCAUGCAGGAACACAUCAAUGAUCCCAAGUCCUAUGGACUCUAUAUUGUAGACCGCCGAUAUAAGAGUCCAGACGAAUCAAUCCAUCAGCUGACUCAGUAUAUGUAUGAUUUCACCUGUUUAUCCCGGCGACAGCGUAUCAUUCAGAGAAAUCGUACGGAGCGCCUCAGUGACCUCCUAGACUGGAGGAACCUGGGAGUGUACUACAGAAAAGCCCGCCAGAUCGCUGUAGCCCGGGGAUACCCUGACCUUGCUGCUAAGGAGGAGGAGAUCCUACAGGAAAAGAGGUUCAUGUACCCUCGGCCAGCCUCCGAACCUUCCUCACCCUCGGCCUCACGCAGCUCCACCCCAGCCCCCUCGGAACAUGGGGAUGAUGAAGAUGAUGAUAUCGACGAGGAUGAAGAGAAUGCUGAAAUGAGUUCUAACCCAGAGUCCGACAUGCCGAUGUUUAAGUGAUGAAUCAGAAGGACAUCCCGGUUUAUUGUUACAUGUUAAAGGAUUUCUAUCAGUUUGUAGGUUAAUUACCUGGUGUAUCGAGUAGUGAGGUGUUUUGCUUUAUACCACAGAAAAGCUUUAUAUAAUACUGGAGUGUUGGCAAGUGCACUCAAAUGAGUUGACCUCAUUUUUAAUAUUUUAUUUGCUUUCUUCUUUUAUUUUCUCUCUUUUAGUUAGCAAUCAAAAUGUUUCACAACAUAGUAUGUCGUUGUGAGGUAAAAAUCUAACAAAAAGAGUCGGUAUUGUUUUAUCAGGUGCUUUACAAUUGUUACAAUGCUAGACAGUCUUUACAAUUGUUACAAUACUAGACAGUCUUUACAAUUGUUACAAUACUAGACAGUCUUUACAAUUGUUACAAUGCUAGACAGUCUUUACAAUUGUUACAAUGCUAGACAGUCUUUACAAUUGUUACAAUACUAGACAGUCUUUACAAUUGUUACAAUACUAGACAGUCUUUACAAUUGUUACAAUACUAGACAGUCUUUACAAUUGUUACAAUACUAGACAGUCUUUACAAUUGUUACAAUACUAGACAGUCUUUACAAUUGUUACAAUACUAGACAAUCUCUAAAAGAAAAGUUUAUGUGAUUGAAUAAAAAGUUUAUAUGAUGGAAUAAAAAUCUAUUUAUUCUAGUAAUCAUACAAUGAAUUCAAGAGAAUCAUUAUCUGCUACAUGCAAGGUAGGUUUAAGUAACUCUUAUGUUGAAGGACUGUGUUUGUUCAAAUCAAAAAUCAUAAAUAGAGAUAUAUAUAAAUAUUCAUGAACAACUUCAAGUGCUUGUAGUUCCAAUUUUGAAUUGAUUCUGGAAAAGUAACAUUCUGCUAGAUCUGUUAAUAGAUUUUUACCCAAGUUUAGCUCUAUGAUAAAAGAAGUAUUUUUGAAUGACAUUUAUAGGUUUAUGAAUGUUUAUUGUAGUUCAGCAGGUGGUAGCUAGUCAAACCAUGUUCUGCUUUAGACUUUCAACCCCCCCCCCCCCCCUCUCCAUUAGUGAAGUUCAGUCAGCUUUACAGAUUUUGAUUGUAUUUUUUAAUUGUAAUUUAAUUUCAGCUGAAUGGUGUUAUUAUGGUAUCCUAUUUGUCAAUUAAUGUAUUGAUCAGAUAUUCUAGUUAAUCAAUAAUUUUGUAACCCAGCUACCUCUAGCAAUCAACCGCCCAAAUGCAACUGAAAACAACAAAAGCAUUUAGUCCAAUCUGUCUGCAGCUCUUAAUUUGAUAAUUUCUUAUGAUUAAUUUUAAUGAAAGUUGAUAAAAGUAAAUGAUGUCAGUGAAACAUACAAACUGUUACACAGUGUUGGAUAUAGAUUGUAUGUUUUUUGUUUAGUUCAGAAACUCUUAAAACAGUUGUUUUAUAAAAAUGAAGGGUUAUUUUUUCAAAUUCAUUAUGCCCAAGUUAAUAAAUGUUGAUUGUUAUCAUUGAUUGUUAUAUUAAUUAUUGACUAUGUACACUGUAUAGAUUUUGUGCCAUCCACUGAGUGUGUAUAUAAAUGAUGCAUUCCCCCUCUCCCUCUGGCUGAGCUUUUGUUGUAUAGUAUAUACUACAGUGUGUACUAUACAGAUCUCACCUACAUGUAGAUAUACACACCUGUGGUUUGUCAGUGUCAGACUGACCUUGUAGUUUCCUCAGGUGUAACAUCUCUGUGAUCCUUCACUCUCCACCUCUGGUUUCAGUAUAUACGGCCAGUCUUUACAUAUUGUGUGUGAGAGAAACAGAGAUGAUUACUCUAUUACUGAUCUAUAACAAAUAGAGGGAUGUCUGGCUUAUUGAGUUAUUUUUUUUUGUUUAUCUGUACAAAUUUGAUUGUGCUUGAUUGAUCCUGAUUAGAUGAGUAUAGUGUGUUGAUUUUAUGCAGUAAAAAAUUGUUGUAGAGUAUUCUUUUUUUUUAGAUUGUUUUUCAAUGCAUGCAUUAUUUUAUCAAGUGCUAUUUAAAAAUGUUACAACUAAAAUAUCAAAUGAAAAUGACUUACAAAAAGAGAAUUCUUGAGACUUUCAAGUGUACAAUGUACUCAACUGUUGUGCGUUCUAGUAAGCUGUUUUUGGUUAGCUCUGUAGAUAUUCAGCGACUAGAGCUUACAUAUGUACAUCUUCAUGGUAGAUAACUCUGCAUUAUAUCCAGCCCAUAUCUUGGAAUAAGGUGUAUAUAGCUGUUAUAUUAGCUAAAUCUCUGUGAUUUUCCUCCUUUGUGUAUAUUUAAUCCUGUGUGGAGAGUUUUGCCUCUGUCACAGUGUUUCUGUACUGGUUUAUGACUGUGUAAAGUUCUGACGCCUGUGUUUUUAUUUUAUUGUUUUGUUUUGUAUAGACAAGUGCAGCUAUCUCUCCUUUACAAAGGAAAAAUGAGUGCUUAAUGUUUUUGAAAAUUUUACUGAGUUUAUUAGCUGAAAACAAGAUUCAUUUUCUAUUGUAAGAUUGAAUUGAAAUGAGUAGAAGUCACAGAGAGCUUGCAUGAUGUCAUUUUUGCGGACACUAGGUGUAUAGAUAAGUGCUUCCAUAGAUUUCUGUGAUAAUUGUUACAUACAGAGUUCUCCUCCUUUUAUGAUGUAAGCAAAUAACAAUAUGAUCAGAUUUAAUGCAAUUUAAUAAUAUUGUUUCUGAUAAACAAACCUCACAUAAAUAACAAUAUGACAAGGUUUAAUGCUGAUGUAAUAAUAUUGUUUCCUAUAAACAAACCUCACAUACGAGUGUGUUAAAAUGUUGCUUAUUGAGUGUGUUGUAAAUCCCCUAAUAUAUGAUACAUGUAAGCAUUUUCUGUUUUCGAUGUGGUAUAAUUAUACGAUAUAAAUAUAUUGUUAGCACAUA